AUGGCCCCAGGCAAAGUAACUGGAUGUAAGGAAUCUUGCGGGCGUGGAGCAUCUUCGCUAAAAGCAACAAGCAAGGGCCGGAUUACGUGCUGGUGGGUCGGGCCAGGCCUGCUAAACACAGAAACGUUUUAG